CUCAUAACCAUAAGCAUGUGGCGGCCAGAGAGUCCUCUCUCCUUUGCCUACUGUACACACUACAAAAUACACACAUCCAAUCCAUAUACUCAUACGAUCACAAUAAAAGAAAAAGAAAGCCAAAGACUGGAACACAACACAUCACGCAGAUGAGCCCAUCGCUGUCUUAACCCCUCCUCUCUCUCUCUCUCUCUCCUCUCCUUCUCAGUUCUCACCUGGGGCUCCGCGCCCCGACCCUGGAACCAGAAUCGGAUCUUCUGCUGCAUUUUUUCGUUCCCUUUCUUCUCCGUCGGAGGGUUCAUUUUUUGUCGGGGAAAAAUGUACUCCGCGAUACACUCACUGCCGCUGGAUGGGAGUGGAGGACACGGAGAGUUCCAGGGUGGGUCGCUUGAUGGGACAAACUUGCCUGGGGAUGCUAGCUUGGUUCUCACUACUGAUCCGAAGCCCCGCCUCCGGUGGACCGCUGAGCUUCAUGAGAGAUUCGUCGAUGCUGUCACCCAGCUGGGUGGACCUGACAAAGCAACACCAAAGACUAUUAUGAGAACAAUGGGUGUAAAGGGCCUUACCCUGUAUCACUUAAAAUCCCACCUACAGAAAUACAGGUUAGGAAGGCAAUCUUGCAAGGAAUCAAAUGAUAACUCUAAAGAUGUUGGGAUUGCAGCAUCUGUAGCGGAAAGUCAGGACACCGGUUCAUCAACAUCAACAUCAUCAAGAAUGAUAGCACAGGAUAUAAACGAAGGUUACCAGGUUACCGAGGCUUUGCGGGUACAGAUGGAAGUCCAACGAAGACUGCAUGAGCAGCUGGAGGUACAACGUCGUCUUCAACUUCGGAUUGAAGCACAGGGGAAAUACCUGCAGUCAAUUCUUGAGAAAGCUUGUAAAGCUUUGAAUGAUGAGGCUGCUGCAUCUGCUGUGCUUGAAGCUGCCAGGGAAGAGUUGUCUGAGCUAGCAAUCAAGGUUUCCGGCAAAUGCCAAGAAAUUGUCCCAGUUGCUAACGUAAAAAUGCCACCAUUUUCUGAACUUGCUGCAGCACUGGAGAACAAAAGUACUGCGAAUUUGCCAGCUCGAAUUGGUGAUUGCUCUGUGGAAAGCUGCUUGACUUCAACUGGGAGCCCAGUUUCUCCAAUGGGUGUUGGUUCACAGGCUGCUGCUUCCAUAAAGAAAAGACCACGGUCUGGAUUUGGUAAUGAAGAAGCCUUACCCUUGGAAGACAACAUGCGAGAAGUAGAAUGGAUGAUGAGUAAUGUAGGAUGAAUCAAGUCAUUUCCAUCCUAGAAAAAGAGACUUAUUUUUAUUUCUUUUGGGUUAGUUUUCCUUGUUUAGUAGAUGUAAACAUCAUGGUGACCUUAAUCUAGUGUAUCAUGUAUAGCUUUUGGAUCUUUAUGAGUUAACAGGAUGUCUUUGUCAAA